AUGGUUGCCAUAGCUAACUUGGAACAUCAUCACCAUAUUUGUGUUGAAAAUAAUGGGAAGAAACGGUGGAAGAAGGUUGAGGUGAAGCUUGAAGACCAUGUAAAUAUCCCUAUUUUCCCACCCAGCCUAUGUCCAGAUGCAUAUGACAAGUAUCUUGACGACUACAUGUCAAAGCUAGCAGUAGAAAGAUUGUCACCAGAAAAACCACUUUGGGAAUUUCAUAUCUUCAAAUACCCAACUAGCAAUGCAGCUGGUAAUGUAAUCAUCAAGCUCCACCAUGCCCUAGGGGAUGGCUUCUCUCUCAUGAGUGCUCUUCUUUCUUGCCUACAACGGGCUGACGAUCCUCGUCUUCCCCUAACUUUCCCUUCAAGGCAAAGGUCACAGCCAAAGAGUGAAAGUUUGGUGACAAAAGUCUGCUCAUCAGUCUUUAACACCCUGUCAGAUUUUUGGUGGGGGAUUUCAAACAGCACCAUGGAUGAAGAUGAUCUCACACCAAUCAGGUCUGGGAAGGGAAUUGAGUUUCAGCCCAUUGCAGUGUCAACUAUGACGUUCUCUCUUGAUCAAAUCAAAUUAAUCAAGAGUAAGCUUGGAGUGACGAUAAACGACGUUCUUACGGGGAUGAUUUUCCUUGGCACUCGACUAUACAUGCAACGAAUUGACAAAAGUUCAAGAAAAGCACGAGGCACAGCAGUGGUGUUGCACAACACAAGGAUGAUGGGGGAUUAUACUUCAAUCCAGGAGAUAAUCAAACCCAACAGCAAGAUGCCAUGGGGCAAUCAUAUUACAUUCUUGCAUGCACAGAAAAUAAUCAGCAUGAAAAGAAACUCUUUAGCUAUUUAUCUCACCAGCAGGUUCUUGGAGAUUCUCAACAGAUUUGGAGGCCAUGAGGCAGCAGCCAAAUACAUUCGUAGCACAUUGCAGAACUCGAGCAUGGUAAUCUCGAACAUGAUUGGGCCUGUGGAACAAAUGGCUUUGGGUAAUCAUCCAAUUAAAGGCUUAUACUUUUUGGUGUUAGGUUCACCUGAGGGCCUUGACGUGACAAUAGUAAGUUAUAUGGGGAAGGUGAAGAUUGCUUUCAAAAUGGAAAAGGGGCUUAUCGAUCCACAAAAGUUCAAGUCAUGCAUGGAAAAUGCAUUUGAGAUGAUACUCAAAGCAUCGGACACGAAGAACAAUUAA